UUGCAAUGUCUGUGUGAUAACAUUCUGCUAGUACUUGCUGGCUCCUCCUACGCGAUUCGGUGGGUAGGGUUGCCAGGAGGGCUUGCUUUAGCAUUUUGUUUAGUGGUUUAUUUUUCAUAUAGACAGCGGCGAAAAAAACAACAACUAUGUUUACUCUUUCAGAGUUGUUGGUGUGUUUAGCUAUAUUAUCCGCCACAGCGUCAGGUUACUUCGUCAGCAUAGACGCUCAUGCCGAAGAGUGCUUCUUUGAACGAGUCAACUCUGGUACCAAGAUGGGCCUCAUGUUUGAGGUGGCCGAAGGAGGUUUCCUUGAUAUCGAUGUGGAGAUCACAGGUCCAGAUGGGAAACAGAUUUAUAAAGGAGACAGGGAAUCCAGUGGGAAGUACUCUGUGGCAGCUCAUAUGGAUGGCACAUACAAAUUCUGCUUCAGUAAUAAAAUGUCGACCAUGACACCCAAGAUUGUCAUGUUUACCAUUGACAUUGGGGAGGCCCCCAAGGGAGAUGGUAUGGAGACAGAAGGUGGAGGGGACACCUGGGACGCCCACCAGAACAAAUUGGAGGAGAUGAUUAAUGAGCUAGCAGUUGCCAUGACAGCAGUAAAACACGAGCAGGAAUACAUGGAGGUCCGAGAGAGGAUACACAGAGCAAUUAAUGACAACACAAACAGCCGAGUAGUACUUUGGUCCUUCUUCGAAGCACUUGUGCUGGUAGCCAUGACCCUUGGACAGAUCUACUACCUGAAGAGAUUUUUUGAAGUGCGGAGAGUUGUGUAAAAACAGGCUUUUUAACAUUUUUAAACGGAAGUGCUUCACUUGAACUCUUAGCUGCACCAUACUUCAAUAUUGGAAAUCAAACAACUUCUGAAAAGCCUAGCCCUUGCCCAUUCUCCUUUCUCUAGUUUUUCCUCUUCAUGUACUCCAAGCCAUGGUAUGUUCUUUCAAUGAAAACUGUCUUUGCAUUGACGCCUCACAGUUCAACAUUAGUAGUACUUAAGAGUGUAUUUUUAAUUAUGAUUCUGAGUUUGAGUAUUUGCACAUUCAAAGUCACUGCCCUAAAAUGUCAGAUGCCACAAGGAGCUUUUAUCCUUAUGCUACUUCAUAACCAAGUGGGAUGUGGAAGAUUAUCAGUUGAAAAUACCAAUUAGAUGCCAUUACAAACUUUCAAAUGCUGAUUGGAUAACCAACAAUCUUUGUCAACUAUAUGCAAAAAUACUGCUAUCAAACAAAUACACUUGUAGUGUUAAAACAUUUUGUAGUUGCAUUUUACUGCAGAGUAAGCUUUUAUGGAGGUCAUUUUUUCAGUUGACAACAUCAGUGUGGGAGAAGUCAGAGCUCAGGGAUAAUAGAUGAGUUUCACACUAGUAACAACCAGUUGUUGAGCUAUUGAAGUGGACAUUCCCAUCAUACGGUGUGAAUACCCACUUACUACUUGGUCACAGGCACUUCAUUAAGAAAAGCAGUAGGUUGGGGACACAGGAAGUUGAGCAUUUUACAUUUCUGACAUUUUGUUUAUUUAGUUUUUUAGGCUACUGUUAAGCUUGCACUAGAAGACAUUUAUUGAGGGAUUUUGUUGUUGUACAAACAUGUUUUUAACACCUGUGCCAAUCAGCCACAGUAUGCACAAUGCAUAUUGAAUGAAGAAAAACUAAUGGCGUAAGGUGUACUGUUUGUAUUUGAAUACUGAGUCUACAUUUCGAGUAAGGAGGAGUACAAGAAAAGCCUUGGUGUGGAAUCUGAUCAAUUGUUGACAGUUUGAUGUAGAUGCUUGAGCAUUUCUAUUGUACCAGUCAAUAUAAAUGUAUCAAAUGGACAAUUUUAUACAGCUUUUUUUCUUGGUUUCUUGGUAUUUAUGUUUUGUUUUAUUAUGGGUAAAUCAAGGGGAACAAUAUUUACGAAGAUUGGGUGAAUAACUAUGGAGCCAACCCAACCGAGACAUUGACCUUAGACAAUGUCUAGAGGAAUGAAAUUAAGCUGUGGAUCAACAACCUACAAAUGAAAUUCUGUUCAUAAAAAUAAAGUUUCAUUUUUCUCUUCAUUUUGA